UGCGCAUCAAGCCGAACUGCUGAAGUUGUAAAAUGGCGGCCACUUACGGGUCGGGCUCUCAAAGCCCCCCUGUAAUAGGCAGGCCGUUAGAACGUGUUUUCGAGGAGGCGCAGCAUACAGGGGAGGUUACUUUAAGUGGCAGAAAACUUAAGGAUUACCCUAAGAUUUCAACCAAAUUCGAUCUCGUCGACACAAUCGCAGCAGAUUUGUCCAAGAAUCGUCUAGGAGAUGUGCCUCAAGAAGUGUGUGAAUAUCAUUCUAUGGAGAGACUGAACUGCUACCACAAUGUGAUCAAAGUCAUACCGGAAGCUAUAGUGCAGCUUCAGGCACUAACUCAUUUAAACCUCAGUCGGAACCAAUUGUGUGUCUUGCCACCGACAUUAUGUCAACUACAAGCCCUGGAGGUUUUACUGGCCAGUAACAACAAACUUGUCUCAUUGCCAGAGGAAAUAGGAAAAUUAGAAAAGCUCAUGGACUUGGAUGUUAGUUGCAAUGAGAUCUCACAUCUCCCGGGCCAGAUCGGUGACCUUGGUUCUCUCAGGUGUCUCAAUGUUCGCAGAAACUUACUCGUGGAGCUGCCUGCAGAAAUUUGUAAAUUAAACCUCAGGAAGUUAGACUUUUCGAGUAACAGAAUAGAUAAGAUUCCCACAGUCUUUCGGAAAAUAGAAUCCUUAGAAGAAAUGGUCCUGGACCACAAUCCCUUGUCGCUACCUCCCGCACAUAUCUGUACGAGAGGACGACAGCACAUAAUGAAGUUUUUACAAAUUGAAGCAAUUAAGGAGGACCGGAAACGAGGAAUCCUUAAUGACAUGGACAUGAAGAAACUUGCCAGGAAGUCAUUGCCACCACAACAAACAUCAGAUGAACUCCGCAAUAUGUUGUUGGAAAGUCCAGAGUCUCGGUGGAAACGGCACACAGUCCUCAGCGCCGACUCUGGUUACAGCACCACUGAUAGUCUGGAAAAGUGUGGGUGGUCACCCUCGGAGGUUCCAAUAGACAUCGAUGAUGCCAAUUCUCUUGCCCUUAAGGCCGGGGAGGCGGUCAAGGAACAGAGGCAUGGAAGAGAAAUGGACCUCCAGAGAAGAUUCACCCAAGAAGCUUAUCGUAAACCGACCGUAGAACACAUGGAGGCCCACGACCUCCCCCCACCCCCACCCCACCUCUCGCCAGGCUCCGACUCUGACAGUCAGAGCAUGACCCUUCCGGUUCCCCUGCCCCUUUCGUCGACGGCCCUGGAAGAUGAGUUCACCAGGGAGCUGAUCAGACAGAAAGCAGAUUAUGAACGGCGGAAAAAAGUUGCCGAACAAAUUCGGCGUCAACAGGAGGAAGAAGAGGUGAAAAACGAUGAGAAAGAGGAGCGAAGACGGGCUGCAAUCAAAGUACAGGAGGAACAGAGGGCAGUGAUAGAACGACAACGAGAACAACAGAGAGAAGAAGCACGCCUCGCGGAAGAAGCACAUGCCCAGGAGGAAGCUCUCAGACAGGAAGAAGAGAGGAUGAAGGAGGAGGCUCGAUUGAGAGAAGAGCAACAAAGGAGGGAGGAAAGUCGGCAAGCAGAACAGCGGAAGCCAGAAGGUGUUCGAAGAGUCAAAGGAGAGAGCAAGGCUAGAGUGACGUCACGGCGGAGUACAGUAGAUAACAUUGCCAGCUUGGGCUACCCAGCCACGUUGCAUGAAGACUACUAUGGUAGAACGUAUGAUUACGGUAGCUAUGAAUAUAACGACCAUAGCUUCUACAUCUCAGACUAUGGUUAUAGGAAACAGCCUCUAAGUUCAUCGUCCAGCUUUAAAGAGGACCGGAAAGCGCAUAACAACACACAGUAUCGUCGUACAACAUCAGACACCGCAGCCCGACGUCUCCAGGGUAACCAGAACUCACAUGUUGAGAACCUCAACUACAUCAACCGCAAUGGUGUAGACGAAAACGUCAACAACUCAAGUUCCUCAACACCGAUCCCAUCUCCCAACCCUAGCCCCUCGGGCUCCCAGAAUUCCAUCCCUUCGAGCCCCUCCACGGGACCUGUCUCAGGCAUCCCUUCUAUCGCUAGAGUGAGGGAAUCGGCCGACAAAUCGACUCCCCACCAGAGCCCUGUUGUACGACGUGCCAAAGCAAGUGACAGAACGGGCGUGGCCAGUCCAACUCCCGGCCGUGGAACUACCCGUGCUGGUGGGACGACUUCAGGGUCAAGGUUACAGGGUACCACUAAGAGGAAUCACAACACGUCUGAAGAAGAGUUCAAGCAGAAGCACCAGGCCAUGAAGAACCAGCACAGCCAGGAGUCCCACAACCUCAAGAAGAAGCUGGAGGACUCCAAGCUGAAGACCAUCCAAAAAGACGCGGUGCAUAACUAUGUGUCCAAGGUUUCCGCAGCACGCUCGAGAGGUGACGUUGAGGAACGGAAACGCUCAAUGACACCUCGCAACACAAACGUGGGCACAACACGAGGUACGCGAUCUGGUAAGUGUCUGAAUGGACAAACAGACAGACACCCCAAAUCCAGAGACACACACUCAGGACCAGUGCUGUCCCAGGCAUCCAUGAAGUUGCUGGAAGAGUACAAGGAUGCCGACCCCAACUUCACAAUUCGCCGUCAACACGAUCAACGAUUGGAGGAGAUCGAGCAGAUUGAACAGCUCAGGACGAAAGAAGAAUUUGUGGUUCUGAGAGAUACGAUCGAGUCCCGUCUGAAGGUGACGCUGCCUGAAAACCUACCUGAUGCCUUGAAGGAUGGUGUUGUGCUGUGCCACUUAGCCAAUCAGAUUCGACCACGCUCAGUGGGCAGCAUCCAUGUCCCAUCUCCUGCUGUGCCCAAGCUGACAAUGGCAAAAUGUCGAAGAAAUGUCGAAAACUUUCUUGAUGCCUGUCGAAAGAUAGGAGUGGACCAAGAGCAGAUAUGUUCAGCUCACGAUAUUCUUGAAGAGAAGGGUAUUUCCCGCGUGGCAAUCACAGUUGCUGCCCUUGUCGCCAUAGGAACCAACCCCAAACAGUCGGCCGUAUGACAAUUGGGCGAGCUGCUAGGGGCCAUUGCCUGUCUAUUUAUAGUGUUGGUGCUCUUCCUAUCAGCCUCGGAGCAAAUGGGUGUUCCUGUCUACCCCUAUGACUAGAGUUUUCUCCCUUGAAGACAGCCUAGAGUUGUCUCCCCAAGGGAUGAACUAAUGUUAUCUGACCAUGAGGUUCUCUGGGGUUCAGACAUAAAUGGGUCCACCUUUGUUGGAGUUUUUGUGCAUGUGAUACUAACGACUCUGCCAAGCAUAAGCAUCUGAAAUAUUAAUUAAUAACAUAUUUGUUUAUGAAUCACAUGUACAAACAGGAGUCAAAAUGUGUUUUGUAAUGCAAAUAUCCAUCUGAUAUCUCUAAUAAUUGUAGCAUAAUAGCCACAUUUUUCUGUGUAAAUUUUGCAAGAGUUUUUCUUAAACACAUGAACUCCCCCAGUAAGUGGAGGGUUGGUUGGACAAUGGUAUUACAUCACAUUUUGGCUCUAAAUCCUCCAUGUUGACAAAUCCCUUUGGCUUGAUUAGGUGUUCGUUCACGCGAGAGGGGUCUGUAGUGAGAUACUGAUUGGGUAAAGGAAUGCGACAAGAACUGUAUAUAUUUGUGUGUAACUUACAUGGCUGUAAAUGUGUAAAUAAGGCCGCAAGACUUACUUAAGUGCAAGUCACAUUUUCCGUACAAAAAUCAGUGAUUUUUUAAAACAAUUGUAGACCAUUGAUGCUUUUCUGAGGACCAAUACUGACCGUACCAAAGUGUUUAGUUUGACUUGUUAUGACUUAUUUACUAAAGGGUACGAUUAAAAAUGAUUAAAAAAAGAAGUUAUGCGGACUUGAACUUAAUCGUAGUCAGCUGAGAUACACACAUUUGAUAUAAGCCCAUAUGCAAAGUGCAUGUUGUUUAAAGAAGUCACUGCCAAACCACAUUUGCAAGUCUGAGAGAAUUGCAGUUAUUAUUGAUGUAUCCAUCCAUACUGAAAUAUCUAGUCAUGAAAAAUGGUUCUAUGAAAAACAGGUAGUGACGCGCUUAUACUCUCUGUGAUUAUAUAAUAUCAUGCCUUAUGUGAAUAUCGAUUUUUAUAUCAACUGUAUUCUGAUUCUGUUCCAUAUUCUACAUUGUAUAUCCUUAAUAUUCUUAUUUUUUCUAACUACUUCAUUUAUUUGAAUACAUACUAUGAGCCACAUGUGAAUGUGAUGUCUAUGUUCGUUACUGACUGACACAGAAGUCUUAGCAUUCCUUACCCAAUCAGUUGAUUCCGAGGUUUUGUUUUGCUUUGCAAGGCGGCACAGGAUUGACUGUACAAAGUUGUAGAAAAUAAGGUAUUAUUUUCAAGUGCAAUAACAUUGGUUUUAAGACAGAAUUCUAUAAUAUAUUGGAUUUGCUUCAAUGUCCUUUAAACCUCUUGAAAUAAGUUCAGUGUUUCAUUCUUGAUUCAGGUAAUCAAUAGAAUUCUUCUCAAACACAACAUACUUGUUUACUAAGAAUUGACUACAGAGUUAGUGAGUUUGUUGUUAGCAUUUUUGUAAUAUGGGUCCAUGAAUUCACAGCACUGCUGUCUGUUUGGGGGAUUGUUGGUAAACCUGGUUUAUAAUUAUUCUAGUGUUAUUUCUUUAUGUAUAUUGCUGAGUGCGGUGUAAAACUAAACUCACUCACUCACAUUUUAUUUAUGAUCAGAAAUAAGUACAUCAGUGACCACAAUCAAUUUCUGAACCUGAAUUUAUUGACAAUCAGUUUACUGGACAUUGAAGCGUUUCUUCACAAUCAAAACCGAUGCAUACAUUUCCCACACAUGCCUCAAGAACUUUCGUUAGAAUUUCGAAUUUGUAACAUUUAAAAAAAUGUUUCUUGAUUUGAUACUGUUUACAUUUGUCUAAUCCUUCCCUUUUAAUGACAUUUAAACUUGAUUUAUGCCCCUUUAGUGGUUAUGAUUUAAUGUUUGCUUUGUUUAUUUUCAUGUCAUGCCUGUAACAUUGCAUUUUGAUGGUUCUGUUCUAGCUGUCGCUCAAGGGGCUAUGUUUUGAGGCUGUGUGGUGUAUGAAUUAGGAGGUAAUUAGUCCAGCUCACCAGACCAAACUAAUCAGAAGUUACUAGAUGAUUAAUCAACAACCACCAUGAGACUAGGGAGCACUUGGAUGUUUCGUUUGUUCACACGGGAGAACACAGCACUUCACUGUCGUGGGCUGGGUGGGGCUUGGUCAUAUCUUGGUGUGGAAUCUGUGUUAAGCUUGGUCGUACCUUCCCGCUAUCUAAGAGUCAUGGAACUGGCAUGAUGACCCUAUUUCGUACCCAGGUCAUUACUUGGUUUAUUUUCCGACAAAAUCAUACAUGAGACUCCCAUGUUACAUUUCUACUUCCUUGCUAAUCGAGAAGGAGUAAAUCAAAGAAGUUUAACACUGUGAAACAUAGCACCAUCAUGUCGCAAGGAAAUGUGUCGACACUUUGGUUCCUGGUGUUAUUACAUACUCUCCAAGUGGAGAGACUUGUGAGGACAUUCUGUGUUCCAAGGAACUAAUCUUGCUUUGGUGUGCAGUGAAGGGUCAUUUCAUACAAUGUAUAUUUUCAAAAUUCAUAUUUUCACUGGUAAUCAGUAUACAUUCAUCCACAAUCUGAAGGUGAUUACCCCUAUUUAACGGAUAUUCCAGUUUACAUUCGGGGGAUUAUCUGUUGAUCCAACUCAUGUUUACUGACAGGAAUUGUCAAAUCCACCAGCCAGUUCAUCACACAGAUUCCUACUCAAGACUAUGACGGCAUAUAGUGGGGAAGGUUUGGGGACACAUGUUAAGCAGGAACAGGCAAUUGGACAAAAUUACCGACCUAGCAGCUGAAUUACAUCGGCUUUGGCCAAAACUGGGACAUGUUCGAACUUAAUGAAGACAUGUAUGACAUCUCUUCUCUCAGUUUGUACAUGUCCCCCGUGUAUGUAACUGACUGUUGACAUUACUGCAACUAUCACGAGCUUCCAGAUUAACUCUUCACCCUUUCAAUGAACACGCCUGUAAGUGUUGCCAGUGACUAGUUAAGGCUUGGAGUACCAUGGCGUCAUGGUCUUGGCAUUGUCUCAACUUUGUUUGAUUUGAAACCACUCCGCCAAAGUGGCUGCCUACUUCAGUGGAUGAUAACACUGACAGGGUGAAGAGCUGAUGAAUAUUACUUGAUGGAAUCCACCUUAACCCUUGUGAAACAUGUUCCAUUUGAUAUUUACUGCUGUAAAUUGAAGCUGGUAGUUAAAGGGUUAAGCAGUAGUUCCAUGUCUACUGGUGUUCUAGCUUGGAGUAGCUCACUACUGAUGUCCAACUGCUUAUUGUCGUCAUCAUCGUCAGUUGUUUAGAUGGAUCAGAAAAUAAUCAUAUCAUGUAUUGCAGUCUUAAUCCUAGAGGGCAGUCACUUUAUGACCAGGAAGAUACAUUGUCGACAUAUUCAAAUCACUUUGGUUCACCAGCUACUUGUAAACAGACGUAGGACAACCCUGCUGGAACCUGCCAUCUGUUGGGAUGAAGUAUACAAAAGUAAUGAGUCACCAUUGUGGUUUUCCAAGGCUGCUCACCAGGAAGUCAUUUACACAUAAGAUGCUCAAAUCAGAUUGGAUUUAAAACAUUCAGAUCUACAAUGUGCUUAUUCUGUUCCAAGUUUGGCGUCUUGUAUUGGGGAGAAUCUGUAGGAUUUGUAUGGGGACAGUGGGAAGUGGUUUUAGAAUCAUCUAAUUUUUCCAAGGUACGUCCGACAAACUAUUUAAUUACUUAGCAGCAUCGAAGAAUCUUUACAUUUUCUCUAUGAACACAGCAAUUGUAUUGUUUAGGUAUUUUCCAUGAAAUAAAGAUUUCACUAUUUCACCAAUCUGUCCCCACCCCCAUAUAAAUCCAAUGGAUGCUCCCUUACAGCUCCAACUUCAAUAUGUGUACAACAAUCUGCAAGUUACCACACAUUCCAGUGCAGCAUUUCAUUACCCUCAUUAGUUGGGCUGUUCUCUGAAACAUACAUGUGGAGGUCUUUCCAUUCAGUUCAUAAUGUCCCUCAUUGUAAACUGACUGCCUUCUAGGACGAAAACUGAACACAUAAUACCUGUUACUGUGUGUGUAAAUAUUUAUGUUUGUUUUUGGAGUUCAUAAAUUACAAUUUAGAAUGAUGUACAACACCAUGAAAUAUUCACCCAAAUAUGAAAGUAUAUUAUACAUUGGACAAAAAAUCAUGUAUCAGUAUAUUGAAUAAGUGUUUGAAAGUAAGUACAGAAGUCAAGGGAUCCAUGAAGCCCUGGUGUUAACAGGUAAAGAUACUAGAGGGAGACCCUGUAUUCGGAUACGGCAAGAGGAACUCAAUUGAUCCCUGACUUAGAGAUGCCAACCCUUACGCUUUUAUCGUAAUUAUUACGAUUUUGACCAUUAAAUUACGCCAUUACACUUAAUCUGCGAAAGUUACGCUUUUCUACUCGUUUUGAAAAUCAGUUAAGUGGAUAAAUUUUCACAGGGAAGUGUUUCAUAACGCACAGGUGCAGGGGUUCAGAAAUGGCCUUGCACCGAUAGGAAUUGCUUACUCUUAGCAUCGAACUCAUUCCAAUUAACUUGCAAGGAAUUAAAGUAUGUUGAGUCACAUGACCAACAAUUUUUGAUGUAUGGAGAUUCAUUAUGAUUGGUCACAUGUGUUUCUGUAUAGAAUCUUCCUUUCGUGAAAACGUGUACCAUGUUGAAGCGAUCGGCAGACAAGUAUUACACUUUUUAGCUCCAAAUUACACUUUUUGACCUCUAGUAUUACACUUAGGCCCCAAAUAGGGUUGGCAUCUCUGCCUGACUGGACUUAAUUUCAAACACUGCUAGUUAGAGGCAGUUAUGAUCCAUCCACCAUACACAUGUAAACACAUUAGUCGAUGUUUAGUACAUGAGGACUAGGCUAAAGUAACCGUGUAAUCAAGCAUGGUGUUACCACCUGUAUAUUUGUUUUCUGUUCAUUUGACUGUUCCUUUACUUACACUGAAAACCAGCCUUGUUUUGCUUCACCGUAACCCAGCUACAGAAGGCAAGCUUGCAAUGCUUACGCUAUUAGGUGUGGAUGCCUUUUUAGUCACAAGAUUCAGUUCAAUGCCAUGAUCAAACCAAGUUUUAUAUCAGUUGAUAGUUUUGUGUUCUGUUACAGUCGGUAGUUUAGGAUAUAUGUGAGUUUGAAGAAAUAUCAAAAUAGCACUUUCCAAAGUGAAGGUUUUAAGAUAAAAUCAUUGCCAUGGCAACCAUUGAAUUCAGAUAUAUUGAUACUGUAGCUAAAAAGGCAUAUCUGUUUGUUUUGUUGUAAAUGGUUUUAUGUAAUUUUUGUAGAUUUCAUUUCCACAGUGUACAAUUUUUAUAUGAAAGGAUUAUAUGAUUUUCCUAAAGCACUAUGAUUACAUCCACAAGAACAUUUGUAAUCACCUGGCAUAUCCCUAUUUAUUAUUGUAACUUAAUGAAAGGAAAACAAUGUUUUUGUGAUGAUAUGUUUUGUACCUUCAGACACUGCCGGUGGUCUCAAUGUUAAUACCCAUUCCCCAUUUCAUAUAAUGGCAUGAUCCUUUUAUUACUGACCAUGUAUAUGGACCGGUCCAAGUAUUUCUAUGAAAUGGGUGACAGGAUUGCCUUAUUGACAUUUAGAUUCAAUCAAAUAUGUUAUUUGUUGGUCAUGUAAUCCAGACAUAUUAUUCUUUCAUUCCAGGACUAUUUUUUGCAUUAACUGGUUUUGAUAAGCUAGGCAGAUAUCAAACUCUUUAUAGAUUAGCAAGUACUUGGAUGUCAUUUCAUUGGAAUAUUCCACAUUGGAUAUUUAUCGGGUGAGCUCAUUUUUGUACUGUAGGGGCAAGCUGGGGGUGCUAUUUCUAGGAACAUGUGUAUCAUGAGAUUUUUUUAUUGUAAUUCAGUGUUUUGAGUGAGAAGCUACCAUGGAGUGAUACAAUGGUAUUUGAGGAAUAUCCAAAUACUGCUUUAGUCAGUGUCCUAUGCAUCUAGUCUACUACUGUCAUUGAAGAUAACCAAGUGAUUCCUCCAUACAACAUGCUCUCAGCGCCCAGUAGGAUGACUAAUUACAAAGGCCAUGACCAGUUCUCAACAUGUCUUUUGAUGUAAUGAAGUUAGUGUCGCCAGCGUUGUAUUUGUCCAUCUGGCUGUAAAUGAGGACAACCACAGCCUCGUCAAGUACUCAUGGUUGAGAAGUGGACCAUGGUCGUACCUUGUUACUGGUGACGCAGCUGCCAGGCGAUGAGACUGUGUGGUAUGGAGGCAGCACUGCAUGUGUUUUGUCUCGUGUAUCCUACACUGUAUAUAGCAUAAUACAGAUUUCUGACUGGGUGCUGCUAUCUCCAUCUCCAUGCAUUGGUUACUGCACUCACAAGACGGUUACCAGUUUCACAUACUGGCAUAUUUCCUCAUUAAUUUCUGAAAGGUCUUUCUCUGUUUCAUCACAAGCUUUUCAGAAGUUUUCUACAAUUAGGAGAUGUAGUUGAAAUAAGAUUAUUUUUUGUAAGCAGUUUCUUCAAGAAUGUAAAGAUGGCAGUGUGUAAUGAAGGGAUUAUUUGUAUCUUGUUUUGUCCAAUGACCUACUGACUUUGUUAAAUUAGUAGACAGAUUUAAUGUUUUCAAAAUAUGUAUUACAACUAAUAUUACCAAAUUGUUUGGGGUUUUUAUGUGAAAACCAGGUACUUGAAUAAUAAACUGCCUCUGUUUACUUUAGUGUUGUUCCGUUUGGCCGGUAUAUACAUAUGUAGAUAACAUGUGACAGUUAUUUGUACGUAGGGUUUGAUUUCAUUUCUUUAGAAAAGGGAGUUCAAUUGAGAAAAUCAUUGUAUAAUAUUUCCAAUCAGCUUGGUGGCAAACAGUUGAGAGUAUGCUAGUAUUUGUGGUAAUUCUGAUUUUCAGUGUAGUACAUUCAAUAAAUGUGAUGUGACUUGGAUCUGUCUCUAUAGCUGUGUAUGAUGCACCAGUGUUUUGUAUGACCUGUUCAUACUUGAUUUUCUGUAACCAUAGUUACAGAUGGCCGGAAUCAGAUCUGUACUGAUGAUAUCAUGUUUAAUAUUCAGUAUGAAGCUGCUAGCCUCAAUAAAUAACUCUUGUAAAUAUUA